AUGGAUAACAAGAAAAGAAAGCUUCAGACAACAACUAUGGAAGUAGCCAGCGAUAUCUUUGUGCUGCCAUUUCUUGGUCAAGGUCACCUCUUCCCAGCUAUGGAGCUCUGCAAGAAUCUCUCUUCUCAUAACUACAAUGUUACCCUCAUCAUCCCUUCUCACGUUUCUUCAUCUAUUCCCUCCACCUUUACCAACCACUCCUCUUUCAUUCAUGUCGUCGAGGUCUCCGUCUCGUCGCCACCGGAGACCGCCGACGAACCUGGAUCUGGAAAAAAGGAGGUUCCGCCACCAGCUUCUAUGGGGCACCCACUUCAAGAACAGAACAAACAGAUGGGUGAGGGAAUCAAAGCGUUCCUAUCCAAACGAUCCGGAGUCCGACCCGUGUGUGUUGUGAUCGACAUCAUGAUGAACUGGAGCAAGGAGAUUUUCGUAAAUCACGAGAUUCCGGUGGCAUCUUUCUUCACUUCCGGCGCAAUCGCAUCCGCCAUGGAUUGCGGGAAGUGGAAGGCACAGGUAGGAGACAUGAAGCCCGGUGAGAUCCGAGUGAUUCCCGGGUUGCCUACAGAAAUGGCCGUCACUUUUUCGGAUCUAAGUAAAGGCCGGAGAGGAAGACCUCAAAGACCGAACCGGCCUUCCGAUGGAAACACCGGACCACCAAACCAGAUGAGGUCCGGACAUCCCCGUGGAAUCAGGGGACGUGGUCCGCCUUCACCAGGCCAGAAGCCACGUUGGCUGGACGAGGUGGAUGGCUCAGUGGCCUUGCUAAUCAACACCUGUGACGAUCUCGAACAUUUAUUCAUCAACUACAUCGCCGAACAAACCAAGCUUCCGGUCUGGGGGGUCGGUCCACUACUUCCGGAGAAAUUUUGGAAAUCCGCCGGUUCAAUCCUCCAUGAUCACGAGAUGAGAUCGAACCACAAAUCCAAUUACACAGAAGGUCAGGUGAUCGAAUGGUUGGAAUCAAAGCCAUAUGGAUCUGUAAUCUAUGUCUCAUUUGGGAGUGAGGUUGGACCCUCGAUCGAAGAGUACAAAGAACUAGCCAAAUCAUUGGAAGAAUCGGAGCAUCCAUUCAUUUGGGUGAUCCAACCAGGUUCCGGUAAAACCAACAUGCCCCGAUCCUUCUUGGGGACAGCUCAAACCGACCCCGAUUCCGAAGAAGAAGAAGGGUAUUAUCCAGAAGGGUUAGACGUGAAAGUCGGGAAGAGAGGUUUGAUCAUCACCGGAUGGGCACCACAACUGUUGAUUCUGAGCCACCCAUCCACCGGCGGCUUCUUAUCACAUUGUGGGUGGAACUCGACCGUGGAAGCCAUCGGCCGUGGGGUUCCGAUCUUGGCAUGGCCGAUCGGAAUUGAUCAGUUUGACAAUGCGAAGCUGGUGGCAAAGCAUCUGAAGAUCGGGCACAUGAUUUCAAGUGGUGGUAAUGAGGGAAAAUUCAAGAAAGACGAUAUAAUAGCCGGAAUUGAGAAGGUAAUGGGUGAUGAAAAGGUGCGUAAUAAGGCGAAGGAAUUUGGUAACGAAUUCGGGAGUGGUUUUCCGGCGAGUUCUGUGAAUGGAUUGGGUGCUUUUGUUGAGUUAAUUAGGUCAAAAAUCUAUAAAUACAUACUCAAUCAAUCACCAUGGAUCACCAACAAAACAGAGCUUCUAACUACAGCCAUGGAUUUGGAAGCAGCCGCCGAUAUCUUUGUCCUACCAUUCCUUGGUCAAGGUCAUCUCUUCCCAGCUAUGGAGCUCUGCAAGAAUCUCUCUUCUCAUCGUUACAAUGUUACCCUCAUCAUCCCUUCUCACCUUUCCUCAUCUAUACCCUCCACCUUUACCAACCACUCCUCUUUUAUUCAUGUCGUCGAAAUCUCCGUCUCGUCGCCACCGGAGACGGCCGACGAACCCGGAUCUGGAAAAAAGGAGGUUCCGCCACCAGCUCCUAUGGGGAACCCGCUUCACAAUCAGAACAUACAGAUGGGUGAAGGAAUCAAGUCGUUCUUGUCCACAGGAUCCGGAGUCCGACCCACGUGUGUUGUGAUUGACGUCAUGAUGAGCUGGAGCAAGGAGAUUUUCGUAAAUCACGAGGUCCCGGUGGUGUCUUUCUUCACUUCCGGCGCAAUCGCAUCCACCAUGGAUUACGGGAAGUGGAAGGCACAGGUAGGAGACAUGAAGCCAGGUGAGAUCCGAGUGAUUCCCGGCUUGCCUACACAAAUGGCUGUGACUUUUGCAGAUCUAAGCAGAGGUCCCCGAGGAAAACCACAACGAUCGAACCGGCCUGCCGAUGGAAACACCGGACCGCCUAGUGGAUUUAGGGGCCGUGGUCCGCCUACACCAGGCCAGAAGCCACGUUGGCUGGACGAGGUGGAUGGCUCGGUGGCCUUGCUCAUCAACACCUGUGAUCAUCUUGAACGUUUAUUCAUCGAUUACCUCGCUGAACAAACCAAGCUUCCGGUCUGGGGCGUCGGGCCACUGCUACCGGAACAGUUUUGGAAAUCAGCUGGUUCAAUCCUCCAUGAUCACGACAUGAGAUCAAACCACAAAUCCAAUUACACAGAAGAUGAGGUGAUCCAAUGGUUGGAAUCAAAGCCAUAUGGAUCCGUAAUCUAUAUCUCAUUUGGGAGUGAGGUUGGACCCUCGAUUGAAGAGUACAAAGAACUAGCCAAAUCGUUGGAAGAAUCAAAGCAGCCAUUCAUUUGGGUGAUCCAGCCAGGUUCCGGUAAAUCCGGCGUUCCACGAUCCUUCCUUGGGGGAGCUCAUACUGACACCGAAGAAGAAGAUGAAGAAGAAGGAUACUAUCCUGAAGGGUUAGACGUGAAAGUCGGGAAGAGAGGUUUGAUCAUCACGGGAUGGGCACCACAGCUGCUGAUUCUGAGCCACCCAUCUACCGGCGGCUUCUUAUCACAUUGUGGGUGGAACUCAACCGUGGAGGCCAUCGGCCGCGGGGUACCGAUCUUGGCGUGGUCAAUCCGUGGUGAUCAGUUCGACAAUGCAAAACUGGUUGCGAAGCAUCUGAAGAUAGGGCACAUUAUAUCGAAUGAGGAUGGGCGGCAUGGAAAGUUGAAAAGGGAUGAUAUAGCAGCCGGAAUUGAGAAACUUAUGAGUGAUGAAAAGGUACGUAAUCAAGCCAAGGAACUUAGCAAAGAAUUCGAGAGUGGAUUUCCGGUGAGUUCUGUGAAUGGAUUGGGUGCUUUUGUGGAGUUUAUCAGCUCAAAAGCAACAUGAUUGACUUUAUGUAUAUACAUACAUUCAUGUAUGAAUUUCUUCAUCAUUUUUCUCUCAAA